AUGAGCUCAAAGAACAACCCCUCUGGGGGAUCUGCUAGCCAGGAUCAACAGCGCGCCAUGGAUGAACUGAGAACCACCAACCUCCAGCUUAUCACCCAGAUGGACGCCGUUCGCGAAGAAAUCCGCACACUCUCUUCCUCUGCCGGUAAGGUCAAGACCAUCGAAGCCAAUACGAAACUCUAUAAUGCGUUUUAUGUGGUCUUUGGCAUGAUCGAUACCCCGGUCUUGAAAGACGACCCGACUGCUAUUCAUGUCAAAUCAAAACUGUCAGAAAUAUUGGUGGAUGGCAUAUGUGGACUCGGACUGCGUGAGAGGACGAAACUGGCAGAGGUCAUAGGAAGGCUAGAGGUGAUGAGGGCCUUUCACGAUCAGUAUCUUGGUAAAGCGAUGUCUCGAGAUGAGCAGACUUUCCGGGGGAAGGUAUUCGGGUCUUGCUUAGAUGAGCUUCGACCUCUUCUCAGUGACUGA